GUUGACAUUCAAAUAAUCCAGAAAAGGAACAGCAAGUAGAUCGAGAUGUGUAGCUCCGUGACUGCCAAGCUGCGGUUUUUGACCGAUCGACGGAUCAGAGAAGACUAUCCACAGAAAGAGAUCUUACGGGCUCUGAAGGCCAAAUGUUGUGAGGAGGAACUGGACUUCAGGGCUGUAGUGAUGGACGAGGUGGUGCUGACAGUUGAGCAAGGAAAUCUGGGUCUACGGAUCAAUGGAGAGCUCAUCUCUGCCUACCCACAGGUGGUGGUAGUGAGAGUUCUGACCCCAUGGGUGCAGAGUGAUAGUGAUAUCACUGUUUUGUGCCACCUAGAGAAGAUGGGGUGCCGACUGAUGAACCGACCUCAAGCUAUCCUGAACUGUGUUAAUAAAUUCUGGACAUUUCAAGAGUUAGCUGGCCAUGGUGUACCUCUGCCAGACACUUUUUCUUACGGUGGCCAUGAAGACUUUGCUAAAAUGAUUGAUGAAGCAGAAGUCCUGGAGUUUCCAAUGGUAGUGAAGAACACACGAGGUCAUAGAGGUAAAGCUGUUUUUUUGGCACGAGAUAAACACCAUUUAGCUGAUCUAAGCCAUCUUAUUCGGCAUGAAGCUCCAUAUCUAUUUCAGAAAUACAUUAAAGAGUCUCAUGGAAAGGAUGUACGAGUCAUUGUUGUGGGAGGCCGUGUCGUUGGCACCAUGUUACGUUGUUCGACAGAUGGAAGGAUGCAAAGCAAUUGCUCUCUAGGUGGUGUGGGGAUGAUGUGCUCAUUGAGUGAACAAGGGAAGCAGCUCGCUAUCCAGGUGUCUAAUAUCCUGGGGAUGGAUGUCUGUGGCAUUGACCUGUUGAUGAAAGAUGACGGCUCCUUCUGUGUCUGCGAGGCCAAUGCAAAUGUAGGUUUCAUCGCCUUUGAUAAGGCUUGUAAUCUAGAUGUAGCUGGUAUCAUAGCAGACUAUGCUGCCUCCCUUCUGCCCGCUGGCCGGCACCGGCGCAUGUCCCUGCUCUCUGUGGUGUCCACGGCCAGUGAGACUAGUGAGCCAGAGCUCGGUCCCCCUGCCAGCACUGCUGUCGACAACAUGAGCGCAAGUUCCAGCUCUGUCGAUAGUGACCCUGAAAGCACAACCGAGCGAGAGCUGCUCACCAAGCUCCCAGGGGGGGGGCUGUUCAACAUGAACCAGCUGCUAGCCAAUGAAAUCAAACUCCUGGUGGAGUGACUCCACCAGUAAAUAAUUAACCGACAAAACCCUUGUAAAACUGUCUUCCCUCACCCCAUCCCCUUCCCCCUUUAACCAACUUGCAAUGCUGUUCAUGGAGAAUGCUCAGGAGGUUGAGAGAAAUGUAUAGCAAGAUUGGUUAGAAGAAGGGAAAAUAGAUGAGACCUCUAUAGGAUACUUACCUGACUUACAGAUUCUACAGAGAGGAAGAAUAGGUGAUAUGCAGAGAAAUGGCAGGCUCUCUUGCUA